AUGAAACGAAAUAUAAUACAGGAAGUGCCAAGAGAUAUUCCUAACACAGCCCAAAAUGAAGAUGGAGUUAGCGGCUGGCAGAUUUGGAACGGUGGUAAUGGGUUAAGAUGUCCCAAGGGGACGAUUCCGAUACGGAGAUUUCAGGCGGAGGGGUUUGGGAAUUUCACGGAACGGCAUGAGUAUGCUGUCGAACGUCUGAACAGCACAGCAAACAUUUAUGGAACAAAAUUCACAAUGAGUGUGGGGCACCCCAAAGUUGCUCAUACUCAGGAGUUCAGCCUAGGCCAAACUUGGCUCGCCUCGGGUUCAUUUGAAGGAGGUGAUUUGAACACCAUCGAGGCCGGAUGGCAGGUUUUUCCCACUCUAUAUUUUGACAACCAAGCUAGACUUUUCAUUUACUGGACAAAUAAUGCAUACGCUAGUGGGAGUUGCUACAAUCUUCGAUGUCCAGGUUUUAUACAAACCAGUGGCAAUGUACUCGUCGAAGGCGCUAUCCACCCCCACACAGCAGCCAUUACAAUCCAGAUUUGGAAGGAUCCAACCCUUGGACACUGGUGGUUGUCUGUCGGCCCGAAUAGUGGCACCGAACUUGUGCUUGUUGGUUAUUGGCCAAACAAGAUCUUUACUCGUCUCAAUGACCAUGCACAGAAAGUGGAUUGGGGAGGUGAAAUAGUAGACACAACUGUCUCCAAUCACACGACAACCCAGAUGGGAUCUGGUUAUCGUCCGAGAAGCGCUAGAGCUGCGUAUAUGCGCGAUCUGGAAGUUAUGUUUAACACCCACGAUUUCCAGCCCAUCGGUGAUGUCACACUUAUACAGACGAACGCCGCCUACUAUAACAUCUUUAAGACGAGCGACACGAGUUUUACUUAUGGGGGACCUGAUUAUGCGGGAACGGUUCACCUUAGAGUUAAUGUACACGACGAAAGUGAGGAGAUUUGUGGUGAGCCCUGUGAGGAAGAAAUGGGAGUUGAACAUAAUGUGGCUCCUUUUGCUGAUGAGGAUGAGGAUGAAGAGUUUGACUAUCAUAAUACUCCUCCUAAUUCUAAUGAUGAAGGUGACGAGGUGAGGAAUGUGAGAUGUAAGCCAGGAAGUGGUUAA